CACCUCAAAACAUCAUAUAUUUCCACAUAAUAACCCACAAGAAGCAAGCAAUAUUUUAUCCAUUUCCCAAAAAAGUUUGAAGUUCUUCGGGAAGACAGAUCAGAAAACUCAGGUAGAGAGAGAGAAAGUACACCAUGGCUACCUGGUCUGCCGAGAAUGCCACAGAAGCCUUCCUCAACACCCUCAAAAUGGGCCAGAAAGCGAAAGAACCCGACGUAGCAGAGUUCAUUUCAGCGAUGGCGGCAGGAAACAACGCGCAGCUAAUGGUCGUCGCAUACGAAAGAUGCACCGACCACAAGAUUAUUCUUGCCCUGGCGGCCGCCGCAGUGCAGACCGGCGGGCGAGUGGUCUGCAUAGUUCCACGGCAAGAAGACCUUCAUGUUUCGCAAACGAUUCUAUCACAUGAUGGGAUCGAGUUCGUGGUGGGAGAAGCCGAGAACCUUAUAAAAAUUCAUUACACAGACGCAGAUUUCGUUGUCAUCGACUGCAAUUUAGAGGGCCACGUGGGCAUCCUGGGAGCCGUCAGAUCAAGAUCCAGGAGGAGGCCGAAGCCGCAAAGCCAAAUAGGCGGCGGCGGUGGCGGCACGGUGGUGGUGGGGUUUAACGCGCUGAGCAAUAAUAAUAAUGAUAACAAGGGAUGCGGAGGGUGGUCCGGCGGGACCCACAUUCUGCCGAUCGGAGAAGGGGUGGUGGUGACGAGAGUCGCGGCGGAGUCUUGGAAAAACGGCGGUGGGAUCGUCGGAGGAUCUGGAAGUGGGAGGAGGCGGCGGAGCCAGUGGGUUGUGAAGGUGGAUAAAUGGACUGGGGAAGAACACGUUUUUAGGGUUACAGUUCCACAGGUCAGGAAACUGAUCGUUCAUGCUUGAGUAGCACUGUGUUUUUGCCUUUAAUUUUUGUUCUCCCUUAUUAUUGGCAAGAAUCUAUGAAUUUUCUCCCUCUCCGUAGCCAUGCAUGGAGGGGGAGAAAUAGUUUUUUUUUUUGGAAGUAAUAUUAUAUGCUAGCUAGAAGCUUAAUUAGUGUUUAAUUUAUUGGGAAGUAGAAAAAUUAUAUGUCCUUCAAAUGUAAAUAUAGCAA